AUGUCAACAACAACAACAACAGCGACGACCAACCACCGCCAACCCCCCCACCAAAUCCAACUCCGCGCACCAUCACCACCGCCGCCCACCAACAAACUCCCCUCGUCAACACCACCCACCACCACCACCCUCUUCGACCGCCUCCCCACCGAACUCCGCCUCCAAAUCUACGACCUCCUCUUCCCGGACAAGCCCAUCCCCGCCGCCAACGCCGUCAACACCGGCGACUCCUCGGUCCUCCGCCGCGACGGCACCUCGUCAUCAGGCACGACCGCCCUCCUCCGCCUCAGCCGCGCCAUCCACGACGAGGCCAGCGCCGUGCUCUACGCCCGCUGCCCCUUCGAGGUGCGCCUGCACCCGGGGGGCGUCGCCCUCGCGCGGGGGCGGCAGCUGACGCACGCCGACUUCGAUUUCGGGAAGCGGGGCGGGCCGUGCAAGGUGUACGCGAACUACUUCGACGGGAUCGGCGGGUGUGAUGGUGGCGUCCUGGCGCGGGCGAGGCGGCUGGACGUCAAGGUCGUGGCGUGGGUGCAGCACGGCGUGUUCGAGCACGUGUGCGCGUACGUGCGGCAUUUUGUCGAGAGGGUGGUGCGGGCGCAGGCGCAACAAUUCCAGUUGGGCGCUGGCGCAGGCGACGACGGGAAUGACAAUGUCGCGACGCUGUUGGAUCUGAGGCUGAGCGUCGAGUGGCACAACGGCACCACAAACUUCCCCGUCACCCACCCGACGCCGCAGAUGGCGAGGCAGCUGCUCGAGCCCUUCAUCAAGCACGUCAGGGUCUGGCGCAGCUUGGACGUCGGGAACGUGGGCACGCCGCGCUACUUUUUCGGCGCGCCCGCGCUGGCCGCGGCUGAGGAGAGCGAGUACAGGGCGUUGAAGGAGGAGUUGAGGGAUUCCAUGCUGUUGAGGUGA